AUGUGCAAGUUCUGCCGCUGCUACAAGCAGUGCUACGCCGACUGCCGGAAGGACACCCCGUCUUACCCCUGCAACUUCGGGUGCCUCCAGGACUGCUUCAACGCCAUGCUGCCGCCGGCGCGUCCGACGUCCCCCGCCGACUGCAACCGCAUCUGCCUCAUACGCGUCUGCGGCGUCAUGAGCACCGCCUCCAUGGCGGUGGCAGGUGAUACCGAGGCGGCGUGCCUUGUUGCCUGCCGCAACAGCAUCGGACACUCCGCUCCGCGGAAAGACACCACCGACUGA